AUGCCGACGAACCAGUCGAUUUGGGGAGAGAUCAUGAGUGCCGAUUCCGACUCACGUGUUGAAGGUUUCACGCGACGUAGUUUCUUGUCCCGCACUUCGGCGAUGGCCGUGGGCACGACGCUGGCCGGAACGCUGGUGGUUCCACGCGGGGUUCAUGCCGAUGCGAGCGACGUAUUGAAAGUCGCCCUGGUCGGUUCGGGCAAACGUGGUGCGGGGGCGGCGGCCCAGGCGUUGAGCACGUCGGAGAACGUGAAGCUGUGGGCCAUGGCCGACGCAUUUGAGGAUCGGCUCAACUCGACCUACGAAGUGUUGACCGAUGGGAAGUCGGUCAGUCAGGGUUCGGCCGAAGGGCUGAAGAGCCAGAUUGAUGUUCCGCCGGAACGACGAUUCGUAGGGCUCGACGCUUACAAGCAGGCGAUCGACAGCGGGGUCGACGUGGUCAUUCUGGCCGAGCCGCCCGGCUUCCGUCCGCAGCACUUGGAGUAUGCGGUCAACGCGGGCAAGCACAUCUUCAUGGAGAAGCCGUUGGCGACCGACGCCCCCGGCGUGCGGCGCGUGUUGGCCGCCGCUGAAGAAGCGAAAAAGAAGAAUCUUAAGGUGGGGGUCGGCCUGCAGCGGCAUCAUCAAGACAGUUACAAGCAGUGCCUGGAACAACUGCACGAUGGGGCGAUCGGCGAUAUCCGCGUGAUGCGAUGUUACUGGGAUACCGGUUUCCCGGCGAAGACGCCUUUCCCGCGGGGCGUGCUUUCGGAGCUGGAGUACCAGGUGCGCAAUUGGUACUUCUUCUGCUGGCUCAGCGGCGACCACAUUUGCGAGCAGCACAUCCACAACAUCGACGUGUGCAAUUGGAUCAAGCAGGCCCAUCCGGUCGAAGCGCAUGGUACCGGUGGACGACAAGUGCGGACCGGUAAAGAAUACGGAAACAUCUUCGAUCACCACGAUGUGGAGUUCACAUACGCCGAUGGUUCGAAGAUGAUUAGCCAGUGCCGGCAGAUUCCCGGCUGUUGGCGAUACGUGGGUGAGGAAGCGACCGGUACCAAGGGGCAGGUCACGCUCACCGGCCGCACGGCUGAAAUCGAAAUGUUUGCCGGUGGAGAGGGUUGGAAGUAUCGCCGUCCCCGUUCUGGGCAACCGCAGACCUCGCCCUAUCAAACCGAGCACGAUGUGCUGUUCGACGCGAUUCGCAACGACAAGCCGCAUAACGAAGCGGAGUAUGGUGCGCUGAGCACGAUGACAGCGAUUCUGGGUCGGCUGGCCACUUAUUCAGGCCAACUCAUUUCGUGGGACGAGGCGUUCAACUCCGACGUGCAACUGACCGUCGACGCCGAGUCGUGGGGCGACGAGCCUCGGGCUUUGCCGGAUGAGAAUGGUGCCUACGCGAUCCCCGUUCCCGGCAUUACGGAGCGACGUUCUCGGUCGGGCUUCAAGCUGAAGUACGCCCCGCACUUCGGCAUGUUCAAGCACUCGGCCGGCGGCGACGAGCUGGACCAACUGCAGUUCGCCUACGACCAGGGCUUCAUGGCCUGGGAAGACAACGGGAUGAAGGCCCGUCCUGUGCGGAAGCAGGAGCAGAUAGCGGCCAAGAUGGACAAGCUGGGCAUGGAGAUGGGCGUUAUCUCGGCCACCCGUGGUGCGAAGGCAAAGGUGAGCUUUGCCGGCGAUGAUGCCGCGGCGCGGCAGGAGAUUCUGGAUGCGAUCAGCGGGGCGGUCGAGUCGGCCAAACGGGUGAACGCGACAUGGAUGACGGUCAUUCUCGGCGACGUCGAUCCGAAGUUGCCGAUGGACUAUCAAACGGCUAACUGCAUCGAGCUGUUGCGGCGGGCCUGCGAUAUCGUCGAACCGCACGGGCUGGUGAUGGUGCUGGAACCGCUGAAUCAUCUGACCAAUCACCCGGGGAAGUUCCUCCACCUUGCGCCGCAGGCGUACAUGAUUUGCGAGGCGGUGAAUCGACCAUCGUGCAAGAUUCUGUUCGAUAUUUAUCACCAGCAGAUCAGCGAGGGGAACUUGAUCCCGAACAUCGAUCGCUGCUGGGAUCAGAUUGGUUACUUCCAGUGCGGCGACAACCCGGGGCGGUACGAACCGGGCACCGGCGAGAUCAACUACCGGAACGUGUUUGCCCAUAUCCAUGAGAAGAGCUGGCAAGGAAUUGUCGGCAUGGAGCACGCCAACCAGGGCGAGGGUGUGGAAGGUGAACAGGCGGUGAUUGAGGCCUAUCGCGAGGUGCAUCUCAUGCUUCGCCCAUUGUUUUGUUUCUGCAUAACGGCCUCACUUGUAAUCGCUGCUAGCGAACAGUGCUCGAAGCCUUUAUUGGCUGAUGAUGGUUCAAAGCAGCGGCCGAACUUUGUGUUCUUUUUGGUCGACGACUUGGGUUGGGCUGAUGUGGGGUGUUUUGGGAGCACGUUUUAUAAGACGCCGAACAUCGAUGGGUUAGCUGACACCGGGAUGAAGUUCACCAAUGCGUAUGCGGCUUGUCCGGUAUGUUCGCCCACGCGGGCGAGCAUUAUGACGGGGCGGCAUCCGGUGCGGGUGGAUAUUACCGACUGGAUUCCGGGCAUGAAUAUCGAGCGGGCGGAUAACCCGAUGUUUGCCUUGGUCGAAGAUCGCGAUAACCUGGCUUUGGAAGAAGUUACCGUGGCCGAAGCCCUGAAGGAGCACGGCUACCAGACCUUCUUUGCCGGCAAGUGGCAUUUGGGUGACCGAGGGCAAUGGCCGACCGAUCAAGGGUUCGACGAGAACGUUGGUGGGAAUCAGUUCGGCUCGCCGCCGGGCGGGUAUUACGCCCCGUGGAAGAAUCCUACGCUGGAAGCUAACAGCCCUGAGGAAUACGUCACCGAGAGGCUGACCGAGGAAUCGCUACGUUUCAUCGAUGACCGGGACACUGAGCGGCCGUUCUUGCUGUACCUCUCCUAUUACAACGUGCACACACCGAUCACGCCGUACAGGAAACGAUUCCAAGAGUUCAAGCAGGAAGCUGACGAACGCUUCGACGACGAAACCCCGGCCAUCGAGGAGCAUGAGGCCAAAUCGCGGGCGCGGCAGGACAAUGCGGCGUACGCUUCGAUGAUCGCCGCCGUGGACGACAGCGUGGGGCAAGUGCUGGCCAAGUUGAACGAGACCGGCAUCAGUGAGAACACCGUCGUAUUUUUCUUUUCUGAUAACGGUGGACUGUGCACCUCGCGAACGCCCGGGCCGACGAGCAAUCUACCACUGCGAUCGGGCAAGGGAUGGUUGUACGAAGGUGGGGUACGCGAACCGAUGAUUGUGCGUGCCCCCGGCAUUACACCGCCGGGUUCGGUGUGCGAGACGCCGGUGGUGAGUACCGACUUCUUCCCGACGAUGCUGGCCCUGGCCGACUUGCCAGCCUUGCCUGAGCGGCAUGUUGACGGCGUGAGUUUAGUUCCUUUACUCCGUGGCGAUGGUGAGUUGGCCGCGCGGAAACUUUACUGGCAUUAUCCUCAUUACCAUGGCUCGACCUGGACGCCGGGGGCAUCGAUUCGGGAUGGGGAUUGGAAGCUGAUCGAGUUUUACCACUGGGACAAGGUGGAGCUUUACAACCUGGCGAAUGAUCCGGGUGAGCAGCACGAGGUGAGUGAGAGUUAUCCGGAGAAGACGAAGCAGUUGUUGGAUGAACUGCAUCGAUGGCAGGAAGAAUUGGGGGCGAAGAUGCCCGAGCCGUUGGCUGGGAAGUGA